UGGUGCAAAGUAUUUUAAUUUAUUUCAAAAUGUUUUCCAAUGUAUUGAUGACCGCGUUGACUCCGCUGUGUAAUACAGAUGAGAAUAGUAGCUGGCAAAAUCGACCAUUUACCAGCGACUGGCCUGAAAACCAGCAAACAUUUAACACAACACAGAUGAUCGCCGAACCAAGAAAUCCAGUAAUUAAUAGAACUAUAAAGAAAAAGAAGCGAAACCGUACCGCGUUUAACACGGAUCAAUUACUAGCAUUAGAGCAUACGUUUGCCAGAGCAAAGUACAUCACUGGAGAUAUGCGCAGUGACCUUGCCAAGUCUCUCAAUAUUGGAGAAAGAUGUAUCAAGAUUUGGUUCCAGAAUAGAAGAAUGAAGGAAAAAAAGGAGUCUUAUGAAUCAAGCGACGCUUCUGAAACAAGUAGCGUUAUGGAGGAAUUACCAGUUGGAUUACCCACUCUCCAGGAAAUCGCUAAUGGCAACACUGUUCCUCAAGUCCUGCCUUAUAACCAUACGUACUCCCAAAUAGGAGCGGUAGGUGAUAAUCAAUUUUAUAUGAACCAGUUAACAGACGUUCUAAUGCAUGACUUGUCCAAUCAACUUUGUGACCGCUCUGAGAGUAAUCGUGGAGUCACGGAGGACUCGCCUACUGCUGAACCGUUUGCUGAUGAUAGGAGUACUUACCCUACAUCUUACUUUCCUACGUUGGCAGACUAUUUUUCGGGAAGAAGCUACCAGUAUGAUACGCAGCAAUACGAUUCUAGUAGCACUAUCAGCGCUGAAACACAGCAGUAUGAGAAUAAUGCCACUGAAACGCAGCAGUACGAGCCUAGCAGCAUCAAUGCCACUGAAACGCAGUGGGCAGCUAGCAGCGUCAACAGCGCUGAAACGCAGCAGUACCAGCCUAGCAGCAUCAAUGCCACUGAAACGCAGUGGACUGCUAACAGCGUCAACAGCGCUGAAACGCAGCAGUACGAGCCUAACGGCGUCAAUACCACUGAAACGCAGUGGACUGCUAGCAGCGUCAACAGCCCUGAAACGCAGUGGAGUGUUAGCAGCGUCAACAGCGCUGAAACGCAGCAAUACGAGACUAGCAGCAUCAAUGCUACUGAAACGCAGUGGACUGCUAGCAGCGUCAACAGCGCUGAAACGCAGCAGUACGAGCCGAACAGCAUCAAUGCCACUGAAACGCAGUGGAGUGCUAGCAGCGUCAACAGCCCUGAAACGCAGCAGUACGAGCCUAACGGCGUCAAUACCACUGAAACGCAGUGGACUACUAGCAGCGUCAAUAGCCCUGAAACGCAGUGGAGUGUUAGCAGCGUCAACAGCGCUGAAACGCAGCAGUGCGAGCCUAGCAGCAUCAAUGCCACUGAAACGCAGUGGACUGCUAGCAGCGUCAACAGUGCUGAAACGCAGCAAUACGAGACUAAUAGCAUCAAUGCUACGGAAACGCAGUGGACUGCUAGCAGCGUCAACAGCGCUGAAAUGCAGCAGUACGAGCCGAACAGCAUCAAUGCCACUGAAACGCAGUGGACUGCUAGCAGCGUCAACAGCCCUGAAACGCAGCAGUACGAAACUAGCAACACCAAUCCCACUGAAACGCAAUGGACUGUUAGCGACUACGAGACUAGUGGCAUUAAUGCUACUGAACCGCAGUGGACCGCCAGCUAUUUUAAUUUUAAUUAUUUCCAAUGAGUCAAUACAUUUUUAUUUAUGAUAUUAACUGCGUUUUUAUAACGCAAUGUAAUAUUUUAUCAUGUUCC